AUGAAAUCGUUUAAAAGACAUAUUGGAAAUCAUUAUCGAAUAACAACUUUGAUAUGCAUUAUAACUUUUUACUUUAUAUCUCACUGCUUAAAAGAGGGCAAAGAUCCCCGAAUAUAUGAAGAACUUUCAGAUACAAACCAAGACUCCUACCUACAGGAUUAUAUCAUUUCACCUGCUUCCAAUUGGAAAAGUAAUUUAUAUUUAAAUAAUAAAUUAUCAAAUGAUGUUCAAAUUCCAGAUAAAACAAUUUCAAAGGAAAAUACAAAAUUAGAUUGGAAUGCAAGAAGAAAAUUAUUAAAGAAAUCUGGGAAACCAAUUCUGAAAUCCAUUUUCCAAAAAUUAAUUAUCUCUUCUUCCUCAUCAGGCCAAAAUAAUAUCCAACUAAGUCCAAACUGUCCUAUAAAACGCCCUGUGGCUUCAAAAAGUAUAAGGGAAGACGAAUGGGAAUAUCUAACAUUUAAUAAUUUAAACCAAUGUCUUAUCAUUGAUGAUACAACAUUACAAAAUUUGAAGACAGAUCAUCAAAAUUUCCUGGAAUCUCUAAACAUCUUACAAGAUUUGCCAAUUAAUAUGUACUAUGGUAAAGGUAUAGUUCUGAUAGGAGGCGGCAAGAAUACCCUAUUUGCGAGCAUUGUUGCAAAAUUUAUUAGAGAUCAAGGGAAUGAGAUCCCAGUUGAGAUAUUUAUACCGCCAACACCCCAAAAGGACUCUUUGUCAAAUUUCGAUUUUAAACAAUCUGAGUCAGAUUUCUGUAAUAAGAUUUCCAAAGAAUUAAACACAAAUUGCAUUUUCAUCUCAGAUAUAAUUGAUGAAGAAGACUUCCACUUGCCAGAAUUGACUGAAUCUACUACUUUAUUAUUAGCAUUAUUAACUUCUUCAUUUGACGAUACUUUAGUAUUAUCUCCCAAAAAUUUCCCUUUGAAACCAUUAGAUACAAUUUUCCAAUUAAAACCUUAUCCUGAAACAGGUUUCAUUUCAUGGCCUGGGUUUUGGAGGCGUGCCAUUCAUCCUUCUACUUAUGAUAUUAUGGGUAAACAAAUCAAUUUUGACAAAAGAAUUCGAAUGUUUUUAGAUGACAUUACUCCUCCAAAAGUUUAUACAUCUGAAGAACAGAAAAAUGCUACUUUUAAAAACAGUAUUCCGCUUCAUGAUCUAGAGGGAACUUUGCCAGAUCCCGUCACUUCAGGUUCACAAUUUUUAAUCAAAAAAUCAAAAAAUAUAGAUACUAUUCUAUUAGCAUUAUAUUAUUCUGUAAAUGGUCCUUCAUGGUAUUAUAUAUUAUGGUAUCAAAAGAUUUCUCCACAUAGUUCAAAAGAUGAAUUAACAAUAGCAGCUCAUAUCUUGGAUAAACCAUUUUAUCAAGUGAAAGCUACACCAUUCUUGGACGGUAUCGUUAAAACAAAAGAAAGGCCAAUGUUUUCUUCAACACUUUAUCACGAUUUCCAACAAGAUUUUGCAUUUUAUACAUUUGCAAAGAUGAACAUUAAAAGUACUUAUGAUUUGAAAGAUUCAAAUGAUAUUCAAUUCGAUCCUAGCUAUACUUAUGAAAAAUUUUCCAAUAAUUAUAUGGAUGUUGGUUGGGAAGCUAUUAGAAAUGGGAAUCAUUUAAUGUUUGCUCAUAGCAAUUUAUUUGACGGAGAUCCUAAACUUUUAAAAAACAGAAAGUUAUUAAUUGAUGAUAUUUCCAAGGAACCUUUACUCAUGACUUGGAAUAUUGCUAUUUUUGAGAAACAAAAUAUUGAACUGGAGAGUUUUAAAACUAUGCAUGAAUAUCUUUGCGAAAAAGCUUAUUAUUUUGAUUAUUUGGAAGACGAAUACGUUGAUGAAACAAAUGCUUUGCCAGGCAUGUGUUUAUUUAUAAAGCAAAGAUUGGAUUUUUUACAAUCAAGUGCAGAUGAUGCUAAGAAAACGAUAGAUGCUAGAAUUAAAUUUGAAGAAAAAAUGAUGGAGUAUGAUAAAUUGAAAAAUCAAUUAUCUCUUGAAGAUAAAUUAAUAAAAGCUAGAAUUGAGAAAAUUCUAAGUACUAAAAGACUUAGAGAAAAAGAAGUUUAUUUCAAAAAGAAACCACGUAUUAAUUUGAAAGAAAAUGGCACUCCUGAUUGGGAUAGUGAACUUUUUUUCGAAGAAAUUGAGGAAAGUUCAGUUACAGAUUUAGAUGCAGAAAAGGACGUCGAUGAAACAGCAACUGUAGAUGAGUUGAUUACUGAGGAAGAAAUUGAAUUCCAAAAACUUCAGGAUCUUGAAGAGGAUAAAAAUGGUGGUAAAUUUGCAAAGAUGAGGAAAAAAAAGUCCAACAUUCUUGAAGGAAGUUUUAAACAUAAAAAAGAGCAACCACCAAUUUUUGGUAUUGAAAGAAAUGGUAGGUUAGAAUUGGUGAAACUAGACGAAAUGCUGGAAAUCAUUUUACUUGAUUCAAAAGUAAAAUUUGAUGCUCAAAAUAGAGGAGCCAUUAGAGAAAAAGAUGAUCUCAGUCUCUUUAACGAUAUUGAUAAACAAGAGGAAAAUUCGGAUCAAAAAAUUGAAGGAACUGGGGUUAAGGGAGCUCCAAAAAAAGAUGGCAAGCUCAAUCUUAGGGAUGAUCCAGUUAUGCAAGAAUUAGUACGAAAGAAAAAGCAAGAACUAAUGGAAGAAAAUAAAAGAAAAAACGGUGUGAAUGUUAUUAAAUAUGCACCAAUUCCAGAAGGGCAGGAUGUUCCUAAAGGUUUUAAUCCUAUGGAAAAGGCAGCUGUUAAGAAAAAGUUAGAAAAGGAUUUAAAGUUGAAGAAUAAAUUUGUAGGGAGACCAAAAGGGAAAGCUGAGUUGAAUGCACCUACUUCUCCUGAAGAGACAAAAGGUAAGAUUUCAACAAAAUAUAACAACUUCGAAAAGAGCUAA